AUGUUGAGGGUUAAUGGUCAACAAGCAGUGAAGCAGCGGGUGUUUUCGCGGACAAGCGUUGUUCGUACUUUUACAGCAUCUUCGACGCAGUUGAACAAUCCUAGAUCGCCGUUGCAGAUUUUCCGUGAGACGUUCAAGCAGGAAUGGAAGAAGUCCCAAGAGUUGCAAGACAAUAUCAAGGCGUUGCAAGAUGCGUCUGGGAAGUUGGGUGAGUCAGAAGCAUACAAGAAGGCUCGUGAAGCAUAUAUCAAGGCACAGAAGGGGUCUACUAUUGUGGGAAAGACGUUGAAAAAGACUGGUGAGACUGUUGAAAAGGUAGCUUCAAAGGCUUGGGAGUCUGAAAUUGCCAAGAGCACAAGACAAGCGGUGAACAAGACUGCCGAAAAGUUGGACGAAAGUUUUGAGCCUGUGAGACAGACCAAGGUUUACAAGGAUGUGAGUGAGGUGAUUGAUGAUGGGGACUCAUCACGUUACGGUGGGUUUAUUUCUAAGGAAGAGAGACGUUUGAAGUUGGAACAGGCUAUUGCUUCUGGUAAGAGAUCAAGAGCUGUGAAAUCAAACGAAGCUGCUGGAACUGCGCUAGUCGCCACGAACGUUGAGUCGAAGGAGUCGAUUGGUAAGAAGAUCGAGGACUUCAAGGAGAAGACUCCAGUGGGUCGUAAGCUACACGAAUUCAAGAUCAAGCUGUGGGAUGAAAGUGAGAAUCCGUUGAUUGUGAUGCUCAGAACUAUCUCAAACAAGGUUGGUGGAUUAUUCGCCGAGACAGAAAGUGCCAGAGUUUAUGGUCAGUUCAAGAUGAUGGACCCAGGUUUCAACACUGAAGACUUCACCAAGCACCUAAGAGAAUAUAUCAUUCCUGAAGUAUUGGAAGCGUAUGUCAAGGGUGAUGAAGCUGUGUUGAAACAAUGGUUCAGCGAGGCUCCAUACAACGUUUAUGCGGCACAGCAGAAACAGUUUAGAGAACAAGAGCUAUUUGCUGAUGGUAGAAUCUUAGACAUCAGGGGUGUCGAAAUCGUAAGUGCCAAGCUUCUACCUCCUCAGGAUAUCCCUGUGCUAGUUGUCGGUUGUCGUGCUCAAGAAAUCCACUUGUACAGAAGAGCCAAGACCGGUGAGAUUGCAGCUGGUGCAGAAUCCAAUAUAUUAAUGAGUUCAUAUGCCAUGGUCUUCACCAGAGACCCAGAGACUGUAGAUGAUAAGGAAACCGAAGGCUGGAAGAUCCUAGAAUUCGUUCGUGGUGGCUCCAGACAAUUCACUUAA